GGAGACGUGGGGUCGGGGUGAGGGGCUGGGACCCCCUGGUGGGGGCUGAGGACCCCCAGGGCUGGGGUUAUGGGGCCUGAACCCCUGGUGGGGGCUGGGACCUUCUCAGUGUGGGGCUGGGGUCACGAAGGGAUUGGGGUGCGGGGCUGGGACUCGUUGGGGCUGGAGCCCUCUUAGUCUGGAGUUGGGACCCCCCAAUGUGGGACUGGGGUCUCCUGGGCUGAGGGUGCGUGGCUGGGGGAUUCCCCAGGUGUGGGGGAGGGAUCGCUCCAUUAUGGGCUGAGACCCCACAGUGUGCGGCUGGGAGGCCAAGGAGUGGGAAUGGAACCCCUAGGGUCGGGGUUUGGGGCUGACACCCCCCGCCUGGGAGCUGGGAGGCUAGGAAUGUGGAUGGGACUCCCUCGGGAUCGGGAUGCAGGGCUGGGACCCCUCAGUGUCGGGCUGGGGUCCCUAAGGGAUCGGGGUGAAGGGCUGGGGCCCCUAGCUAUGGGAAUGGAGUCCCCUUGCAUGGGGCUGGGACCUCCUGAGGAUCAAGAUGUGGAGCUGGGGGUCCCCCGGGAUCGGAGUGUGGGUGUGGGGCUGGGACCCCUGGGUGUGGAACGAGGGUUCCCCUGGGUGUGGGGCUGCAACCUCCCAGCGGGGUUGCACCCCCUCAGUGUUGGGCUGGGGUUCCCUGAUGGGGGCUGGGAACCACCAUUGUGGCACUGGGGACUCACAUGGAUCAGGAUGAUGGGCUGGGACUUCCCCUUGUGGCACUGAGGACACCCGGGCUGGGGGUGCUGGGCUGUGGGUUCCCCUGGCGGGGGUCGCCGGUGUCACCCCCGCCUCCUGGCGCCGGCGGAGCCAUCUCUGUCCCCAUCCCGGUGGCACCGAGCCCGGCGGUGCCUGGCACUGGCCGUGUCACCCGCGCGCUGGCCGGAGCCACCAGGCCCCCGCGGGGCGUUGGGGACACGGGGGGGCGGGUAGGGGCACGAGUGGGGAACCCCGAUGGAGUCGGUGGUGACUACCCCAGCUCCCGCAGGUGGCCCCGGUGCCCCGAGGCGAUGGCCGAGGACCGAGAUGUUCGAUUUGUCACCGAGGAGAGCUUCGACUUUGGCGUGCUGUCCCCAUCUGACAGCCAGGAGGAAGAGGAGGAUGAGGAUAGCCCGGGCGGAAGGUGCCAGCACGGGGGCAGCAACGCGCGCUGGAGUCCCCUGAGCGGGGCCCGUCUGGAAGAGAUGGUGCGGGAGGCCACGCGCCUGGCGGCACAGUUGGAGGGGUGUCGCCUGCCCCCUCCCGCUCCCGGAGACCCCCCGGGACCCACCACCACACCCCGCAGCCCCCGCCGCCAGACCUUCGUGGUGAAGGACAGCCCGGUGCGGGCGCUCCUGCCCACCGUGGAGUCUCGGGGACCUGCCCCCAUCCCCCGCAUCCCCGCCAAGGCCCGGGGGGCCUCUGCUGCCACCAGUGUGCCCAAGGCACACCCCAGCCGUAAUUCCACAGCAGCAGCAAAGGGACCCUCGGGUGGCAGGGGGCUCCCCCCAAGUCGCGUAGGCCCCCCCCGGCCAUGCCCUCCCCAGGGGCAGGGGGCUGGUGCCCGGGGCAGGUCAGAGCCCCCCCAGGCAGGGACAGCAGGCCAGGCUAAGGUGAGGGGGGGCACAGUCUCCUGCCCCCCCCCCACCCGCCAGCCCCAUACCAGGACCACCACCACCCUUGUCCCUUCUGGCUGUUCCCCGGCACCCACUGCCCUCCCCAAGGUGUCCCCUCGGACUCCAGCAACAGGUGGGAGGACCCCCACCCCCAGAGGUGCAGGGGCAGCACGGGCAGCCCCCCCAACUGGUGCCUCAGGGUGCAAACCAGGACCCCCCCCUACCCGCCUGCGGCCCUCCCGCAAGACGGCGGUGAGCAGCACCCCGAGGUGACAUCCCCAAACCAACCCACAUCCACCCAGAGGCCCUGGGGGCACCCAGACCCCCCCCCCCCUAGGUACCAGCUAAGGUACCUAGGCUGGGGGGGCAGAGCCAAGGCCACCCCAGGGAUGAGUUGAGGCAUCCACUGGAUUUUGGAAGGAGGCAGGCAGCACUAGGGACUCCUAGGGAGCAGCCAAGGCACCCAUUGGGUUGACAGGCUGCGGGGCGCAGUUGCAGAGUUGGAGCCCCCAGCUGCUAAGACCAGCUAAGGUUGGGGUGGCAGCCAGGGGCCUCCCCAGGGAUGAGCCGAGGCACUCAUUGAGUUUUGCUUUAAUUACAAAAGGUCCCAUCAGCAGUAGGAAACCCCCCACAUCCUCCAGCACCCAGGGGUCCCUCAUCCCCCCAACACCCAUCCCUGGGUUCCCCCACCUGAGCCUCACCCCUGGGUAGGGGGGUCCCAGACUUCCCUGUAACCCCUAUCUGAUCCCCCCUCCACAUGCCCCCCACCUAGGGGAGUUGGCACCAUGGGAUGGGUUGCACCUUCAUGGAGGUUGGCACCUUGGGGGGCAAGGGGAGUUGGCACAAUGGGGGAAGUUGGUUAUAAAUUCCUUUUUCUGUAUUUUCAUGUAUUUUUUAAAUAAAACACUCUGCUGGGCAAAGGGGCUGGGAGUGAUCAUGGGGGGACAACAGGGGCACCCUGUGCCAUCUCCCCAAGGUGCCAAUCCCUGCAAGGAUACAAAGUGCACUGAGGGGGGGGUUGUGGCUCCCUGCUCCUUCCUGAUGUUCUCCCCAUCCUUGUGCACCCCCAGUCCUGGUGUGUUCCACCCCCUGUCCCCACCAUCCUGGUGCC